AUGCAUAUCACAGCCCCCUUUCAACUGCUCCUUGUUGCCCUGGCUGCAACUCAGUCUUCGGCCUCUCCGCUAGCCGCUCCCGCGCCGGGUGAGGUUGAAGCUCGCACUAUUACCCACAACACCAUAGGGAAGCGCAGCUUUUGGACCUCGUGCAACAGCUGCUCCAUUGGCGGUAGCGGUGAUAACCCCUACUUGUUGUGCAUGUGCCGCAGAACGAACGGUCUGUAUUCCAAUGCUCAGCUGUACCUCAACACUUGUCUCGCCAACCGUAACGGAAAGCUCAGCUGGGCAAGGAAUGGGAACUUUGGGAGGAGUUGCUGGGGCCAUCGGGUAGAGAGCGACGGUUGGUUUGUGUCCACUUGCAGCCGAAGUGGCGGAUCUACGAUGAACGGGAUACCCCUGAAACACGUCCACAACCGCGACGGCGCUCUUGUUUGCAGUGGCUUCUAAGACGGAUGCCGGAGAUUCGAUGCCACGGGUAGAAACGGUGACGCCAUGCAUCGCGGUAAUGGGCGAAGGACAAAGACUCAGGUGUCAAGGUAGUCUAAUACCUAGGCUUCAAUGCAGUCCAUCAGUCCGUGGAGUUUAUUCUUCUACAUUCACAAGCGUGCCUCUUCAGGAUGGGCAAGGGGACAUCGGCAUGGGGGCGAGACGAACCCCAGAACAUGUGGCUUUCGAUUAAUUAGCGCCAGCAGCGACUUGGCCGGCGCGUUGAAGGAUUCGGGUGCGCCGACUAACGGUCUGGGCGUGUGACAGGCAAUCCUUCGGGUUUGUCUCAGGAGUUUCGGUGACGGUAAUUGGUAGUAUCUGGUAGUGGGGAGCGGGAAAUAGAGUAGCAUGGGAAGGUUGGUAAGUUCGUGGGAAAAAAGAAGACGGGGUUCUCAGGCUUUGUUUUUCUCGGGC